AUGCUGGCCCUCGACAAGGACACCUCGCUGCACGCCGCCAAAAUGCGGAACCUGUUGCGGCUGAUGAAGGACCGAAAUGUGUUCAAGAUCGACGAGAAGGAGGGAUUCCUGCUGAAGAGCGGCCAGGAGCUAGCCUGCGAUUGCCUGCGCGAGAUGAUCGCCACAAUGCCUGGUCACUACGACGGCAUUGUCGGCGUCCCGUAUGCGGCCCUUCCUUACUCGGCGGUAGUUUCCCUACAACUCCGCAAGCCCCUCAUCAUCAUCCGAAAAGAGGCGAAGAGCUACGGCACCAAGAAGCUGAUCGAGGGGCGCUACGAGAAAGGGCAAACGGUCGUCAUCAUCGAAGACGUCGUCACGACGGGCGGCAGCAUUAAGGAUGUAGUCAAGAUCCUGCGCGAAGACGGGCUAAUCGUCCAGGACGUCUUCUGCCUGCUCGAUCGUCAGCAAGGCGGCGCGGCCAAGCUGAAAGAAGAUGGCAUCAACCUGCAUAGCCUGAUGAACAUGGAGCUCGUGCUGUCGUUCCUCGUCUCGGUCGGCGCCCUGAAUCACGACCAAUUCGAGCAGAUCCGGACCGCCCUCACGUUGCCCUUCGAAACCGUUUCCCAGCUGAAUAUCGGCACCGAGCUCGAGAAAGCGGAAACGAACACGGGAAGCGAAAGGAGGAAGGCGAUGAAGCGCCGCCUCUCCCUGGCGGAGCGCAAGGAGUCGACCAGCAACAAGUUGAACAAGCGCAUCAUCGAGCUGAUGCUGCAAAAGAAGAGCAACCUCUGCAUCGCCAUCGACUACAAGGAGACCGAGCAGAUCUUGAAGCUUGCCGAAACGGCGGGGCCCUACAUCAUUGCGGCCAAAAUCCACGCGGAUAUUAUCGAGAAUUUCAACAAAGAUUUUACCGACAAACUCGCCCAACUCGCCGAGAAGCACAAUUUCCUGAUCUUCGAGGAUCGUAAAUUCGCUGACAUUGGCAACGUGAUCGACUUGCAGCUGGCGGGCACCCAUCGAAUUGGUCAAUGGGCUGACAUUGUCACCUGCCAUGCCGUGCAAGGGGCUGAGAGUAUUACGAAUGCGUUUAGAAAGUCC